GACUACUUGCCGUCUCCAAAGCUGACCCACAAGAGAGCAUUCAGUGAUGAUGUCUCCCAAGUCAGCCCGGUCCUGGAGCCAAAAGCAAUCCAAAGCCUGAAGCCAAAGAAUGAUCCUGUGUCCAGGUCUUCCCUCUGCAUCAAUGGGAGCCACGUUUACAACGACGAGCCUGCACCAAAGAGCCCCGUGUCUGUCCCUCAGAGCUCUGCGCCACAGUCUGUGCCCGGCGUUCCCAGACGGCAGGAGGAAGGCUUCGGCUUCACCCCCCUCCAUCCCGACUCCCAUGAGGUGCCUUGGGGGGUCAGCAACUUGGAGAGGACACAGCAGAGAGAUGAGCCCAGGUUCAUCCCGUCUCCUCCCACCUUAGCCUUGCAAGAGGAGCUCAAGGUUUCCACGAAAGCUGUCACUCUCAGUAACCAUCUGGGCAGAGCCAAGAUGGAGGAAAACAAUCGCUUAGAGAACAAGCCGACACAAGCUGCAACACCCAUGGUCUUCUCCACAGAGACGAUGAAGGAGAAACAACCUGAGGAAACAAAGAAGGAAGACAAGAAAGCGAAGGGCGGACUAUUCCACCACGGAGGCAACAAGAGUGACGUGGGGAGCAAAGGCCAGGGGGAGAAAGUGGGACCCUCCCAUGGCUCAUCCGUCCACACGACAGCAGGGAAAGAUGAGAGGAAUAAGACCGGUGGCUGGUUCGGUUCAAAGGAGCCCAAAGAGUCCCCUCAGAAACCCAGUUUCCCGUCUGGGCCGCAUGCUUCAACAGAGGUCGCUGGGAGCUUUUAUUCCUCAGAGGAUUGCAGUCCCUCUGCCUCCCUAAGACAUAAAGACCCGGAGAGGGAGUCUCCAGAAAAAAACGUUUGUGUCCCCGUACCAGAAACUACUCCCCCAUCACAAGGAGACCUUCCUCCUCCAGAAGAGAAACCUGCCAACCCUCCUUCCCUCUCGGAGUGGGAUGAUACCUUCGAUGCCUUUGCGACCAGCAGGCUCAAACCAGAACUGAAGAAGGAAAACUUCUUUGCUUCGGUGGCGGCAGAGGCCAUGGCUUUCAUCGAUGAUCCCGAUGCAGCCAGCCCAACGGAGAGAUUGGCUGAGCCACCUCAUGAGAAGGGGACAAAGGUAUUUGAAAAGGCUGAUUCACAAAUCAGCAGCGAAAUGCCCACAACUCUGCGGUCUUGGACAAAUUUUUCUGGUUUAGACGUGGGGGCAAACUUGGUGAGCACAACCCAAGAAGCAACUGUGAUAGAGGAUGUGCUGAGCCCCGUGUCUGCAGGGUCAAUGGGAAGGAGGAGGAAAAGCAGCACGCCUACAGUUUGGACAGCUGCAUUUGCGUCAGGAAAUCCAGGGGAAAAAGAGUCUUCAACAUCACUUACUGCUGAAAAUAGUGCUAGGGAGGAAGGGGACAGCAAUGAGGAGGAACCCUCUAGUGCAGGGACAAAUGGAUGGAUGACCAUAGCCACUGAAACCGCUCCUGACCUGUCAGAGAGCACCCAAAGCAUGGCUGAGCCGGAGCACGUGGGUCAGCAGAGCACGUUCAGCCCACGGCCAGCCUUCCUCAGCGAAGGUGCCUUUGAAGCAAAGAGUGGAUCUCGCGCCGCCGCUUGUGUGUUGCCCAGAAGCACCUUCAACCCUGAGCUCUCCUCUGAAACCCUGCCAGGCAGCAACGUGGCGGCCGUGCCCCCGCGGGUGCUCACAGAUGUGGCAGCACGACGGUUCCCCAUGGCCCCCCAGCCAGGGACAGAGCCCCAGGGUGCUGGUAGCGAGGAGGAGAUGUUUGACAUACGAACUUCAGUCUACCGACUCCAGGCGAGCAUGCGGCUCGAGGCCAGCGAAGGCCGUGUAAAACUCAGCUCUGACAUCCGCGAGAGGCACGUCAUCCUCUCUACGCAGACAGGUACCCGAGGAAAGGAGGAGAUGGCAGCAGGCUCGGCUGUGCCGCCCCCCAAACCUCCGAGGUGGUUUGCAGCUGUGGGUGGUGGAGGAGAUGGUGAGGAGGAGGAUGCUUGUGACCUGCAGCCAAGGCAGCGAGGCAGUGAGGAGCGAUGGGAAGGUGUGGAAGGCCUGAAGGCAGACGUGGAGCUGCCAAGGAGCCGUCUGAGCAGCGAGCCCUCUGUCCCAGCAUCUCCCAGCCUGCCCACACUGGGAAUGGAUGCACCUGAAGCUGGGAGCAAGUUCCUGGUCUCUGAUGACGUCAAAUCUGCAACUGCGGUCUCAGCAGCUAAUUUGGACACAAGAGCUAGCGAGCUGGACAAAAAAGACACCUCUUUGGGGGAAGACUGGUCAGAAAUGGAUGAGACGGAUACAGCUGAGCAGUUUGAGACUUGCACAUCAAAAUUCUCCCUAGAUGCAUUAGGCCAGUCGGGUGAUAAGGAGAGCUGGAGCCAGCCAGGUUUAUCCUCUCUGAUGGGGACUGCAGACAAUGCCAAGUUGGAGAUGGCCUCUGAACGGGAGCUGUUCCCUGAGGAGCUAAGUGUGUCGGGACUAAACCCACCUUCCAAGUUAGACCUGGGCCAGUCAGAAAUCUUCUGGACAGCUCUGGAAGAGCAGGAGGCAGCCGGUCACUCCACGGGUCUCGGCCCAGCUGCACGACCCCGAAGGUUAGCGCGUGGGGACAGUCCACGCCAGCCAGAGCUGGUGUGGGGUGAUGGUGAGGGACAGCACGGGCCAGGGGCCAGCCCCUCUGGACAAGUGGGAGGCCAGCCUGAGCCUUGUGCCCCCGUGACAGUGGCUGGCCCUCCCCAGGGGGCAGAGCAGGGCAGAGCCCUUGCCAGCGAGCCCGAGGGGCCAUGGCGCCGAAGCUCGGCAGACAGGAUAGACUUCAAGAAGGCCGAUUUCUGGAAGCCAGAUAGGGCUGAGGAGAGGCACGAGCAGGAUGUUUCAGCCCCGAGAAAUCCCUUUUCUCUGGCGCUCAGCCCAAAUUCCUCAAGCAAUCCCUUUGUGGAGAAGCCACCAGACCCCCUCCCCGUUCAAGCUGUGCCGCCCAAGAGGCUUGGUCAGGGAGGCUUCAGCUUCACCAGCCUCCACGAGGAAGCCCUUGGGCAAGGCUUCCCACCCACUAACCUUCCCGGGGACCUGCUAGGCAAGCCUCCUUUCCUGCAUGACAGCCAGCCCUUGGCCUUCUCCACCCCUUUCCUUGUGGCUGCAACUAACCCUAAACAGUUUGAUUUCCCUUCCCCUGUUGCGUGCCCCGCGAGCAGCGGGGUCCCUGCCGCCACCAGCCAUGCAGCCGCCCAGCCCUGCCCUUUGCCGCAGCCCGGUGACACACAAGCUUCAGCGCUCGUGGUUUUGCCCAGGGAGACACAGCCAGCUGAGAAGCCCUUUUUCCAGCAGACGACCAGUCCUCACCCAGUGAAACCCAUCAGCGCUGCAGUGCAAGAGGUCUCCAGUGAGAAGAAGCAGCAGCACAGGUCCAGCCUGACGACUGCUCUGAGCAAUGGCCUGGAGAAGCUGAAGACGGUCACCACGAGCAGUGUCCAGCCUGUGGCCCCAUCCUCUCACACAGAGAAAACGGACUCAAAGAAGCUAAAGGAUCCUGCCAUACUGGACCAGUCAGCCAAGUAUUAUCACUUGACCCAUGAUGAACUCAUCCAGCUCCUGCUGCAGAGAGAGAAGGAGCUGAGCAAGAAGGAGGAGCACAUCCAUGAACUGGAGAACUACAUUGACCAGCUGCUGGUGCGCAUCAUGGAACAGUCUCCCACACUCCUCCAGAUUCCACUGGGGGAAAGCAAGACCAAGUAACCUCUCCCCAGAGACCAGCAUCACUUGCCUAGAGCACUUCUCCAAUAAACAGGCUGCAAACACCCCUGCACUCCCCCCUCCUCUUACGAGAGGGCUCCAGUGGCUUCUGUUAGCAGAGUUUAGCAGGAAAGAUUAUCUGCUCCUCCCCAGUCCAAGCUUAUCCCAGCUCUGGCUCCAGGGAGCUAUAGGGUGGUGGGCCGUUAUCCACCCUGUGGGGAGGAGCAGAGCCCUCUACAUGAGGCAGACGCCUCCUUAGGUUCCUGUUGUUGUGACCAAGCGGCCUCUUCUCAGGCACUUAUCCUGCCAAUGCUUUAAGAGCUGAAAACCACCCACCUCGUCUGUGUCUUCAUCCUGCUACUGCUGCUCUUCUGCCCACACUCUUCCACAUCUCUCAUCUCUGAAGUGGUGUACCCUGGCUGAUGGACAGUGUUAAAUUGGUCGAUGACAUCAGGGAUGCUUAAACUCAGUAAAGAUCUACCAGCAUGUUGCUGUCUGCUGAGCCUGCUCGCCAGGGCAGCUAGGGGAAGGGGCUCCUUUCCCUUCCUGCCCCAUAUGUUGUACCCACAAACAAAGAGUCUCCAUUUGAAGAGGCAGCUCCAAGUUGUGCCAGUACCUGACCAUAUGGGAGAUGCUACACAAAUUGACAGUGCUGGGCUCAGAGGCCAUAAAGGACUCAAGCCGAUGUCACUGCCUGACUGAAGUGGUGUCGAUUCCUUUGCUGUGUGCACAGAGUCCUGAUGCUGCCUCAGUUACCCAGCUCAAAACUGAACUUGCCACAUGGGAGAAGGGCCAGUGAUGGUUUGCGCACCAUCAGCACGGCAGGAGAUCUUCUCGCACACCCCCAACCCGCCAUCAGGCCGGCUGGCACCAGUGUGCUGUGGGGGGGACUCCUCUCUGUAUAAACUACAGCUGAAUUUUCUACUCAGUAUUACACCCCCCCUUUUCUGCAUCCACAGGAAUUGCUUUCCACUGGCUGCCCCUCACUUUGCAUCGUCUUUCUCUGUGCAACAGGAAAGUGCUAUCAGGACCCAAGAUUGUGUGCAGAGAGGGAUGUCUGACCACCCGGCCACCUCUGUGCAUGACAUCCUGCUGGGUCAGGCGUCCGUCAAACGCUCCCUGUCAAGGCUAGCAAUUUAGUAAUCGUUGCAGACCCCCUUCAAACCAGUAUUAGUGCCAGGCACCACUCCAAUUGUAUCCUAUCUACGCGCCGGUGUCAGGUCUCCGGCAGCUUGUGCUCACCCUUAGGCGUUGUGGGCCAGCUCUCUCGGGAGCUGAAUGCUUCUUGCUGCUCACUGUUGAGUCACCGUCUCAAGGCCUCUGAUUUACAGGGUUUAACAACCGUAGAUGAUGUUAGCCUGAGGCUGGUGAGCGAUGCUCCUGGCUGCACCGGAGUACAGCACAGCUUUUGAUUGGGAGAUGCUGUGGAAGGGUACAGAAAGGAUGUUGCUCCCUCUGUCAUUCUGCCAGGAUUUUGGCUAGAGAUUGGUCCCUUGCAGGCAGAGGGUCUGUUAGUGUGGGACUUGAGCUGUCUGACAUGUCAGGCAUCUUUGCUGUCCUGUAACUAGAUUCUUUUAAAACCUUCAUACUCUUUCCUCUUCCUUUCCUCCUCUUUCCUCCUUGCUUCAGUGUAUACCAUGACCUUGAAAAAUUGUGCCUUUUGCAAUAGGACAAUAGCAGUUUCCUACCAAAAAAGGCUCUGAAAUCCAAUUCUCAGUUCAACUCAACCUGUCUUGAGCAGCUUUCUCUUCUGUUUGCCUGCUAAUCUGAACGAGGUGAGUUUAUUUUUAAAUGCAGACAGCAGAGCCUUCCCAUCCCUGUGUGAAGGUGGCUUUUGGUCUUUGGCAGGAGCUCUGCAGAGGCAGCUCGUGUGACAGGAGAGGUAGAGAUAUUAAGAGAUGACACCAGGGGAAGAGCAGGCCAAGUCUUCCAAGAUGAAAUACUGGAUAAAGGCAAUAUGCUCCAAGUCUGAGGUUGGAGAAGCAGGCUGUUGGGGCAGGAGCUAUGAGGAGAAAAGGAGAUUUGGUGUUGUGGUCAUUGACAGCGUGUGGGCACAUUUAGCCUGUAUAUCGUAUGAGGAGAAGGAUUCUUUACCUGGGAAGAGGGCAGCUAUGAGCCUUUCAUUCCUACCUGCCCUUGCCCCUAGUAGGAAGUAAUCUGGGGUUUUGCACUUCUCUACCCGUGUCUUUGUGUUCCUCCUCCCUACGUGUGUCUCAGGUAUGGGGACUUUGCUUCUGGUGUAAGAUGUGAGGGUCUGAGGGAAGGUGUUUCUCCCAUUUCAGAAAGCACCAGAAACCUCUCUCUGCCUAUAUUACCAAAAGAUCCCAUGGCCUGAGAACUAGACUCCCUUUCUGGGUGCCUGUCUUUCAUGGAGAAGCUCUCCCUUUACCUGAAAGUGAUCAGGGAGGAGCUGUGGGCGGCUGGAAAGCAGCCCAGUGUCAGAAGAUCGGCGUGGCACAGGACGGAGGGCUGGGAGAAGGGGCAGUCCCACCGACGGGCAGGGAUGCUGAGGGGGACAUUAAUAAGGGGGAGCGUAGAGCCAAAAUCUCACACCAGAGCCAGGGGCCCACGCUGGCUCUCUGCUCCCUGAAAAACAGCUGCUCCCUGGGAUUUCUCCCCAUCAGCGACCGGCAGUGUAGGUGCUCCCCACACACAAGUGCCAAUGUUUAUAAGGAUCUUGCUGCCCCCCCUCCCUGCCUUCUCCCCCUCCUCUUCCGUUGCGUUUCACCGUCUCCCUAAUCCUCCCCUCUGCCUUAGUCAGCUCUGCCUUUCUUCCUCCAAAGCUUGAAUGUUUUGCACUUUAUAUAUUGCAGUUAAUCUCAGAGCCACAGCGGGCUGUAUCGGGUGUACGGCCUUUUCAGCAAUACGUGCUUCCUCCCAUGACCUGCCUCCCUUGCGGCAGAGCAGCACAGUCCCCGAACUGCCUUCCGUCACGGGAGCCCGUGCCAUCUCGGAGGAGAGCUCAAGAGUUCUUGCCUUGACUUUGUGAUAGCAGAGCAUCUCCAAAGGCCGAGGCGCAGGCACAGCAGGGGUACCUUGGCAUCGACACGACACGGGGGGCUACAGCAGAAAACAAGUGGUGACAACAGCCGAGGUCGCCCUGAUGCUUCGUGUCUGUUCUCGAGCGUUUAGAAGUCCUGAGGUACCUACAAACGACGACUCGUGCUUAAGAAAAGGCAACUUAAAGAUGCCUCUGUCUUCGUUCUCUCUUUCUCCACCCCACUGUCCUGCAAAUGUGGGGUUUUUUUGACCCCACUGCCGUUUUUGUUCUCUGCAUAAGGGCAAGCAAGCUUUGGCACACCACGCAACAGCGCUGAAGCCGGAGUCUGUAUAAUUUCUUUUUUUGUUAAAACCUGAAAGAAAUGGUUUUGAGGCCCUAGGUAUUUUCUCUUAGACGGGAGGGGGAGGGAUGAGAAAAAGAAGGGGGGAGGAAAUGUUCUCAAGUUGCUCAUGUCCCAAAUGUACAUAUUUAAUGAUUUAGCAAAACCAGGGAGGUGAGCAGCACUUCUGGGCAGCGUGCAGGGAAACACCCCGAGAUCUGUCGCUCUUUGCUGCACUGAGCAGGCGAAAGGGUUUUAAUGGGCCAGGGGCGGCUUUUCACUCAUUCUGUUCUAAACACAGCCAUAACAAUUACUCUUUAUUUGUGCCUCCUGGCCUGUCUUUCUCUUUCCGUGCUCAAGCUGUUUCACAAGGUCUUCCGCAGGGCGCUGUUGCUCACAGCUCUGCUCUGCUUUUGUUGUCGGCCCGCAACUGGGCUUCUUGCUUUUAAAGAACUCUGGCCAAGUGAUUUAUUUUUGCCUUGGCUGGCCCUUCUGUCCCGGAGUCACAGGCCAGAGGAACGGCCAAGGUAUAUCCUUAAACUGGAACAAACCUGAAGGGAUGUGGAUACUGAAGCGUCGCGUAGACUCAGCCUUAUGACUCGUCUGUGAAGAAACCGCCGUGUGGUUUGUGUUAUAAAACGUGGGGUGGAAAAACAUCCCGAAAUGGGAAAGGUAAACGUUGGGGGUUUGGAGUUGUUGAUUUCCCUGUACUUCACGUACGUACGCAGGAAAGUGGGUUCUGUGUGUUUCAUGUUUUAAUAGUUGCAACUAAUGUUUAUAAAGAGCUUGUUAUUUACGUUUUAAGCACUUUAAAAAAAAAAAAUAAAAGUUGUUCAAGCUGUUCCUA